GCUAUCUUAUGAAGUAGCUUCCAUUUUCAACAACUCCCACUACCUAAUAGACAUGCAGGAUGACGAAACGCCCUCUCCUUUUCAAUUUUAUUCAUUAUUAAAUCGUCAAUUAAAGGACUAGCUUUUCAAAUCCUUUAAACAUUGCACAUACCACACCUUCGUCUUCUUUCCAACAAGCUAAUCUAUCAUCGCGACAGCACAAGACGAUUCCAGGUACGGAAUGGCCGAAGCAAGCAAUAAGAGAAGUCAUUCCGACUUUGCGGAUAAUAACAGCGAUGACAGUUCCUCAGAUGAUGAUAUGGGACCUCAACUGCCCUCUUCGGCAUCGGCACCUAAGAAGAAACGGCGAAGACUACCACACGAGAAGCUAUACGUUGAAGCACUUCCGAAAUCAGCACGAUAUUACAAGUCUUUAAUGCAUAAAGAACAAUUAUCAUUUGUGAAUGUCACACGAUCUGAUUUUCUAAUCACCACUUCUACCGAUGGGGUAGUUAAGUUCUGGAAGAAGAUGGCACAAGGGAUUGAAUUCGUAAAGGAGUUCAAAGCCCAUCAAGGCGAUAUACGGUCCGUCUCUGUCAGCCAGGAUGGUCGAAGCUUUGUAACAGCAGGAGUAGACAAGAGCAUCAAGAUAUUUGAUGUUGUCACCUUCGAUCUCCUUGCGAUGUUGACUCUCGACUAUGCACCCAAAUGUGUCUGCUGGGUGCAUCAACUCGGCGCAUCUCUACCGCUUCUGGCUGUUUCGGACGAUUCGAGACCCUUGAUUUAUAUAUAUGAUGGCAGAGGAGAAAAUCAAACCCCCAUACACAUAAUCAAGAACUUGCACAGGAAUCCCGUAUCAAUAAUGGCCUUCAACGAUGCCUACGACUGCGUGGUAUCUGCUGAUGACAACGGGAUGCUUGAAUACUGGUCCCCGAGUGCCAAUUAUGAGAAACCGGAAAACGUGUUCCAAUACAAAAGCUCUACCAGCCUCUUCGAUUUCAAGAAGGCGAAGUCGACCCCGGUUUCUCUGACUAUGUCUCCUUCAGGCCACCAGUUUGUCACAUUCUCCAUACCCGAUCGAAAAAUUCGGGUUUUCGAAUUUGCGUCCGCCAAACUGUACCGGACAUAUGACGAGUCGUUACAGGUCAUUGAAGAGAUGCAACGAGCUGGAACGGCCAUGCAAAAGUUAGAUGGUGUUGAUUUCGGAAGAAGACUUGCUGCGGAGCGCGAUAUCGAAUCCGCUUCAAUUCAAAAUAAGGUCAACGUCAUCUUCGACGAGUCGGGUCAUUUCAUUUUGUAUGGUUCCAUAUUCGGCGUCAAAGUCUUGAAUACCUUUACAAAUCAGGUUGUGAAGGUGUACGGAAAAGAUGAACAUAUCCGCCCUGUCAAUCUAGCUCUGUAUCAAGGGCAGCCCCAGAAAAAAGGAGUCACGACUGUGGCGAUGGCAGCUUCAAGUAACCCUCUUCUACAAGAAUCAGAGACGAGAGAUCCGAUACUCUUCGCGACGGCAGUUGGGAAAGUUCGGUUCUAUAUGUUUACGAACGACGAAGAAAUAUCUAGGUCCGAAAGAGAUGUUCAAAACGAGAAACCAACCGUAUUAAACCCUAAAAAGACAGUCGAAAAGAAGACGAGCGAGACUGGUACGGCAGCUGUCCUCCACACGACGUAUGGAGAUAUCCACAUCCGGCUCUUUCCGGAUGCCGCACCAAAGGCCGUCGAGAAUUUUGUGACCCACUCAAGACGUGGCUACUAUAACAACACCGUCUUCCAUAGAGUAAUACGCAAAUUCAUGAUCCAAGGAGGUGAUCCCCUGGGUGACGGGACAGGUGGCGAAAGUAUAUGGGGUAAGGAAUUUGAGGAUGAGUUCAGUACUCUCAGACACGACAAGCCCUACACUGUCAGCAUGGCGAACGCUGGUCCGAAUACGAACGGAAGCCAGUUCUUCAUAACCACAGAAAAGACACCAUGGCUGGAUAACAAGCACACGGUGUUCGGAAGAGCGGUACAGGGAUUAGACGUUAUUCACAAGAUAGAGAAUGUACGGACCCAUAAGGAAAAGCCAGAGGAAGAUAUUAAGAUCCUCAAUGUCGAUAUAGUAUAAUAAGUACUUACCCAUAGUUCGGUGAUACAUACUGAUAUCAAAAGCUUGACUUGGUCGCGGAGUUAUGAA